AGAUACAUAGAAUAAAUAAAUAUGUAAGUGACAAAAAACAUCAGGAAGUCAUAAGUUUUAUGGGGAAAGAAAAAUAGGGUAAAAAAAAGAGAGAGAGCAAGUAUAACAAGAUAAUGUGAUAGGACUGGAGAGAAGGUGCAAUUUUGACUUAGAUUAGAGCAUCAGGGAAGAUCUCAAUGGAAUUACAAUAUCUGAACUGGAACUUAAAUGAUGGGACACCUGCAGAUUUGUGAAAAGUCUGGGAGCCAGUGGCGACGGCAGAUUUCAAACUGAUGUGUGAUAACGCGAUGACCUACAACAGACCAGACACCGUGUACUACAAGUAGACCAAGGAGAUCCUUCACGCAGGCUUUAAGAUGAGCAAACAGGCAGAUCUUCUGGGCAACGAAGACACGGCUUUGGAGGAGCUCGUUCCUGAAGCAGCAUCUGUACAAGUUGAAACUGCCAAGGAAUCCAAAAGGAAGUAGAGAAGUUAUCAGGUAUCGGGAAACGCACCUCAGGAAUCUGCACGUUUGAGCCGGAAGGAAAUGCCUGCAGCCUGACUGACAGCACGGCAGAGGAGCACGUGCUGGCCUUGGUGGAGCACGCAGCUGACGAGGCUCGGGACAGGAUCAGCCGGCUCUCACAGGGGGCAAGGCCUGGGCCAAGUGAGACUGUGAUCCUCAGUCCUGCCUGGACUGUUAACCAGGAAGGAAGUGGAGCGGGUUCUGUCUCCCAGUGAGGAAUCAGGAACCCGUGCGUUUGUUGGUAACUGUGUAUUUGUCCUGGUGAGAACUGCUGGAAUCUUCUGAGACUGAAAAACCAAACCAGAAGAUCCAAGGGGGUGUUCGAGCCGAACACCUGCCCCGCCAGGGGGCCCGGGGCGAGGCCCCUGCUACCACCUGCAGCUGUUCUCUCCAGACCCCCCGGCUCACCAGAGCCCACGUGACUGCGGAGCCCGCGGGGCCCGACUUUGGUGGUGCCCACCACAGCCACUCCUGGCGACUGGAUGGAUCUGUGCAGCCGGAGCCAGAGAGGGGCCCUGUGGGCAGCCAGCAGGAAACAGGCCUCGCCCCGCCGCUGGUCCAGAGUGAAUGGCUGGUCGUGGCCCCUGCACACCUUCCAGGUGGUGGCCUGGACCAUACUGUUCAUCUUGGCCUUCACCAACUUCUGUAUCUUCGUCCCCUUGCUGCCACCUAACUGGAACUUGAUCACGUAUGGUGUGACUGGUGGGCUUUUCUGUUUCUACUUCGUGGUCCACUUGCUUGCUGUUUGCAUCGAUCCUGCUGAAACCAACGUACGGCUCAAGAACUACUUGGAGCGCGUACCCACUUUUGACCCAUCCAAACACAUGCGUGUCAUCGAGAACCAAUAUUGCCACCUGUGUGAGGUCACCGUGAGCCAGAAGGCUAAACACUGUGGGGCCUGCAACAAGUGUGUCUUUGACUUUGACCACCAUUGCAAAUGGCUUAACAACUGUGUAGGGGGCAGGAAUUACAGAUAUUUCUUUAGCUCCUUGGUUUCCGCCUCGGCCAGCCUGCUCUGCCUGAUCACCAUCCUGCUGUACGUCUUCAUCCAGUACUCAGUCAACCCGGAGGUGCUGCGCACUCAUCCCCUCUAUGAAGAUGUGCCCAAGGACACUUGGCUGCUCUUCCUUCCUUUUUUCCCUGUAAAGACGAAGGCCCUGGUGGUCCUGGGCAUUGGGGUGUUCGUCCUGCUGCUGUCUGCCCUCAGCCUCCUGAUAUCUGGAUACCUGCUCAUCUUCCACCUCUUCUUAAUGUUCAAGAAGUUGAGCACAUAUGAGUAUGUGAUACAGAAACGCUAUCAAAAGAUUCCAAAAGUUCCAGCAGGGAGGAAAGAGCUGUCCUUCAAAAUAAGCAUGCCACAGCAAGAAGAUGACCUGAGUCUGUCUGCACGUAGAGAGCAGUGCAAGGAGGCCCCGCCGCAGCUGAGGUGCCCGGGUCGGCGUUCCACCAUCACCACGUGCCAGGAGAGCUCCCCGCUGCAGGCAGCCACGGGUGACCUGAAAUCACCCUCACACAGAGUGAAGUUCAACCACCUGCUGCCGGAUGUGCACUCAGGUCCACCCUCCUCCACCAACACGUUCAUGGAGGACUCGUGGGUGAUGGAAAUACACAGCAGCCUGACUUUAUCUGCCCUCAGCCUACCUGGGAGCAAGGUGUCCUUGUCGCCAUCCAGUGACUUCACCCUACACCCCGCCUUGGCUGCCGGCACAGAGGACCACCUGCCGCUGAAGGUCUCAAAGGACCAACAGGAAAUGAGUUUGCCUGUGGAAGGAGACAGUGCUGAGGGCAAAGGCCCAGCUUCAGGAGCCGAGGAGCCCACACUGGCCAAAUGGGCUGUCCACACACCAAUGGCCUUAGACAUCCGGGCUCAGGAGGCAGCCCUGGAGAAACUCAGGCUCCCGCACACACUGCCCUCCGGCAGCCAGAAUGUGCCGCACAUGGAUGUCCCCUUGGAGAGGCAGCAGGUCUACAGCAAGGAGCCUGCCACUGUCACCACCACCAGGAAGCCUGCGGAUGGGCAGGUGUGCAAUGGAGAGGACAUCCAGCUUCCAGGACAGAUAAAAGAGGCGACUUCGGGCCAGGCAUCGCCAUCCAGCUAGGAAGCAGAGGGCCCGCUCGAUGCUCAGGGAGAGACCAGGGUCAACCUGGAUACCUCUGUCAGCACAACUUGUGUCCGCCCUGCCACGGAAGCCCCUGAGUCCAGGGCAGGUGCUCACCCCGACUCCCAUGAU